GUUUGAUGCCACUCUCCAAUUCGUCUUCACAAAGCACAACACAUUUGCCUUCUACCCUACCACCAACUGUACAUCAUGAUGGCCGCCAGACCUGCAAUCCGAAUACUCACGCAAACGGCCUCCCGACCGUCGGCCACCGGGCAUCUCGCGAAGCGCUGCGCACAACUCGCCACAAGCAACACCACCCUACGAACAUUCAGCGAUGCGCCACGAACCAGCACUCUCUCAUCUUCACGGCGAAGCCGCAGGCCCUCUCUACAGCGAUACACCCCUCCGAGCGCGAGCAGCACAGCCAGACGCACGAUCUUCAUCCAAACCGAAGACACGCCCAACGCAGAUGCGCUCAAAUUCAUCCCCAACCACCAAAUCCUGCCCGAUAACUUCUCCUCCUCAUUCCUCGAAUACAUGACCCCGCGAUCGACACUCGCACCACCACAUCCUUCGCCGCUCGCACAAUCCUUGAUGAAUGUGGAAGGCGUGUCAAGCGUAUUUUUCGGGCGGGAUUAUAUCACAGUGACAAAGGACAGCUCCACACCUUGGCCACACGUCAAACCCGAAGUCUUCAGUCUCAUCACAGAAGCUGUGACAAACGGCCAACCAAUCGUAAACACAGUCGAAAGCAAAGGUGGCGACGAGGGUCAAUCAUCAGGCGAGGAAGCAGCGACCUACGACCCCAAAGACGAGGAAGUUGUAGGCAUGAUUCAGGAAUUACUAGAGACACGCAUUCGGCCAGCGAUUCAAGAAGAUGGCGGAGAUAUCGAAUUCCGAGGUUUCCAUGAUGGACAAGUGAUGCUCAAACUUCGAGGUGCUUGCAGAACUUGCGACAGCAGCACAGUGACAUUGAAGAAUGGAAUUGAAAGCAUGUUGAUGCAUUAUAUUGAAGAGGUUAAGGGUGUGCAGCAAGUCAUGGAUCAGGAAGAAGAGAUUGCGAUGCAGGAGUUUGCAAAGUUUGAGGAGAAGCUCAGACAACAAAAAGGUGAAGUACCACCCACCGGAAGCAUUGAUACUGUAGGAUAAAAGCCAGAAACGCUUAUACGCUCCCAUUGAUGAGCAGAGUUCGCCAAACAGUGCCGCUAC